GGUUCAACCGCAUGAACAGCAAAUGUAUGUGAUUGGUCCAAAUUGUGGCGUUUGUUGACGUCUGCAUUUUCUGAUUGGCUGCUACGACACAUCAUUCCUGUGUUUCCCAAUCAGUGGCAAGAACUCACUCGGCUGAUUCAGUCAGUCAGGUAGCAUCACGCAUGGUACCUGUUCAAAAUUAACUUUCACAUCAUUCGUGGUUGCCUGGGGAGUUUUAAAAUCCUUAAUCUCACAACAGCACCGUUACUCUAUGCUCCCCCCCCCCUUAUAGUUGAAUAUGGCAACGCGUGUUCGACCGAGUAGUAAACGUUGUGCGGUAAUCGGCGGCUCAGGUUUCCUUGGUGGACACCUGGUGGAGAAGCUGCUGGAGCGCGGUUACACUGUGUCGGUGUUCGACAUACGCCAGAGCUACGAGGUGCCAGGCGUCAGCUUCCACCAGGGAGACCUUUGCGACUUGCAGGCUCUGCUGCCAGCACUUAAAGGUGUCUCUCUAGUGUUCCACUGUGCCUCUCCGUCACCCGCUAGUGACGACAGGGGCCUCUUUGAGAGGGUCAACAUUCAGGGUACAAGGACUGUCAUUCAGGCCUGCACGGAAGUCGGAGUACAGAAAUUGGUGCUGACAAGUAGUGCUAGUGUGGUGUUUGAGGGAUCUGACAUCAAGAAUGGGAAAGAAGACUUGCCCUAUGCCAAGAAGCCUAUUGACUAUUACACAGCGACCAAGAUCGAGCAAGAGAAGUUGGUCCUGGAGGCUUGUGACACAGAGAAGGGUUUCUUCACCGUUGCCAUCCGCCCCCAUGGCAUCUUCGGACCUCGGGACCCGCAGCUGGUCCCCAUUCUGGUGGAUACAGCUCGCAAGGGCAAGAUGAAGUUCAUCAUUGGAGACGGUACCAACCUGGUGGAUUUCACUUUUGUCGAGAACGUCGUGCAUGGACACAUCCUAGCUGCUGAGCACCUGAGGCCCGACUCUCCCAUAUGUGGAAAGCCAUAUCAUAUCACAAAUGAUGAACCGGUUCGGUUUUGGGACUUCAUGUCUGACAUGUUGGUCGGUCUGGGUUACGCUGCCCCACACUACCACCUGCCCUACAUGCUCGUGUACGGUCUGGCUCUUCUGCUUUGGCUGCUGGCUCUGCUGCUGCGUCCCUUGAUGUCCUUCAAACCCACCUUCACGCCAAUGAGAGUGGCUCUGGCCGGUACCCACCACUACUACAGCUGUGACAGAGCCAAGCAGGACAUGGGCUAUAAGCCGCUGGUACACCUGAAGGAGGGCAUCAAACGCACAGUGCAAAGCUAUCCGCAUCUCAGGCAGAAUGCUUGAUAGUAGCAGUUGAGGCACGUGCACUGAAUGGACUAAUCUAAGUGGACACUGUUGCAAACUAUGACAUCUUGCAAGUGUGAAGCAUUUUUGUGCCUUUUCAAAUGUAAUGUUACAUUUGCACCAGCAGAUAGCAGUAAUUUGUCCUUUCAGUCAGAUAUUCCAUACCCCCAGUAUCUGAGGUCCUUUAGAAAAUCAGUCUUGAAUAGUGGAUUUACAACCGUAAUUAUGCUUAUUCACUGUGUAAGGGUGGAAGAGUCAGCACUUUAAUACUAAGUCACAGAUGUAGUGGUUCACUUGCCUAUGGAUUCAUUUCCCACUCAGUGAUGGACUUGAAUGUCAUCUCAUGUCUCUUUAUAUGCCCUCAUUGGGAACAGUCUAGUCACUAACUUAGUUUGUAGUUUGCAUUUUGCCCAAUGUCGGCUGGAAUAGGCACCACCUCCCUGCAACCGUGAAUAGUAUUAGUGGUAUAGAAAAGGGAUGGGGAUUGAUAUUUGGGGCAAGAUUAGGUAUUGGAAGAAUGAUUCAAAUUGAAAAGCAUUUGUACAGUACUGUACAUCAGUUUCCAUCCUACAACAAAGAAAAAUUGUCCACAAUAUGAAGGAUUUGGGGGUUUAGCUGUAGAUAAACAAGCUAAAAAAAAAAAACAACCUGAUGGAGGGCAAUUCUAGUCCACUCAUAAAUAGAACUACAAUAAUACAUCAUCAAAAUAGAAUAUUAUCUUUUUAGGAAGAAGUUAUAUGAUAGCAUUUGUAUUGGAUCUUAUUGGAGUUUGUAAGUUGUGGCAGCAGUUUGAUUGGAGGCCGUUCUAUGUAUACACACACACAAUAAAAACUGCUUCAAGAUAUUUUUCUGUCAUGUUACCCAAUUUAUUACUCCACAAUGUUAUUAAUUGAUGUGACAUUUGGGGACCCAAAUUCUGUUUCCUACAUUGUCGUGAGUGUGUUGCACCAAGCAAAAGUCCAUGAAGAUGUCUUUGAAUUUAUUGAUUCAAGGACCGAAAUGGCCCCUGAACAAUGCCAUCCAUUUCAUCAGUUUUAUGUAAUUCAGUUCCUGUCGUUUAUUGCCCAAUUUCACUAAUGCCAAGAGCCCUGUAGCUAAAUAGCUUAUUGGAGCGCCUUCCCUGAUGAUAGAAAGCUGGAAUAAAAAUGUAUUGAACUUAAAUGUAAAUAAAUAAAUACCAAGA